AUGCCGAUCGCACUGAUGAUAUGGGUUAACGACGAUCCCAUUACAGGAUCUGUAAUUAGUUUAAGAGAAAUUACAUCGCCAAGAAAAGAAUUCAGCGACUACAAAGUUGGCGAUAGAGUCAAGGCUCGGCUGCCAGGAUGUGGGAUUUUUGAAUCCGUGAUUGGAAAAUUAGGAGAUGAUUCCGAAAGAAAGGAAUUUAAGGCAAUUAUUGACAGUGCCGAGUUUGUAGAGCUGUUAAAGAAGCUUCAAAUUGGGCAGGUGGGAGAACCAGAGCCUACUGUCCGUACUGAUCAGGAGGAAGAACAGCCUAACAUAGAGGCAUCAGCAAAAAAAAGGAAGUCUAACCUCAGUGAAGGCGAGAGGUCAAAUAAAAAAAUGAAAAAUUUAAAGAAAAAGCAGCAGACGAACAUUGAGAAGGCUGCCAGUUGUUUGGAGUUACUUGAGUUAGAUUUGCUAACUUCCAGCUGCAUCAGUACUGUAUCAUCAUCAAAACAGUCUGAUGCAACACCAUCCACCCCGCAGCUGGUUGUCAUGCCAACGCCCAGUAUUGAGACCCAGGAAGUAGCUGUUCAUCAGCAAUCAUGCAGCUCUGUUCCAGAGACUAAUUUCAAUAGUCUUUCGGAUGAUCAAGACUUGACACAAUCGUCAACUAGGAGUUCAUCUAUAUUAGGACAAUCAUUUGAUGUCCUGAACAACACGUCAUCUUGUGCCACAUACAACAGAACUGGUCCAGAUGUCCAGUUGCAACAGAGGGUGGAGGCUGUUGAGUUAGAAUUGUCAAAGUGCUGGGCCUAUAUUCAUCAGCUUCAGAACCAAGUUUCCUGGCUGUAUAAUCAACAGCAGGUAUAUAUUACAAUACAUUUGAGUAGGCUCCAUGAUAGUGUUAUAUUGAUUAUGGAUUUAUAUUGA